GGAAAUAUCUAUGAACAGUACAAAAUGGUUUAAUGAGGAAAUAAUGAAAGAAUUGUAAUUUUCAGCAUUAAUUGUUUUAAUUCCACAUCUUCUCAGGUGCGCAGCGGAGCUUCAUAAUGCCUCUGAACAUGACUGAAGACGGCGUCCCCAGCGCUUCUCCCAGCCCAGAUCCGUCUCCGUCCUCGUUUCUCCCGCAGACGAACUGCUCGGUGUCUCCGUCUCCCUCGUCUCCGCCGUAUAACUUCUACGCCGUGCUGUUGGUGUUGUUGAUUUUUUGCGUGGUGUUUGGAAACGUUCUGGUGUGUGUGGCUGUGUCCCGAGAGAAAGCGCUGCAGACCACCACUAAUUACCUGAUCGUGUCUCUGGCCGUGUCCGACCUGCUCCUGGCCACGCUGGUGAUGCCCUGGGGCGUCUAUCUGGAGGUUGUGGGUGAAUGGAGGUUCAGUCGGAUCCACUGUGAUAUUCUGCUCACGCUGGACGUCAUGAUGUGCACCGCCAGCAUCCUCAACCUGUGUGCCAUCAGCAUCGACAGGUACACGGCUGUUGCCAUGCCGUUACUCUACAACACACGCUACAGCUCCAGAAGACGUGUGGCUCUGAUGAUCGCUAUCGUCUGGUUCCUGUCCUUCGCUAUCUCCUGCCCGCUGCUGUUCGGACUCAACAACACAGCGAGUCAGGAAGGGAGAGACUGCAGUUUUGCCGACCCUGCUUUCGUGGUUUACUCGUCUGUCGCUUCCUUUUACGUGCCCUUCAUCGUGACCCUGCUGGUGUAUGUGCAGAUCUGCGUGGUGCUGCGCAGACGAGGCAGACGCACCGCUCCGUCACGCAGACACGGCCUCCAUCCAGAGCCCAGAGACGCUCCAAGAUCCCGCAAGAAUAAAUGCACUCAUCCUGAAGAUGUGAAGUUGUGCACUUUAAUAUUGAAGCCUCCACCAGCUGCUCCACAACGAAAGAAAGUGACGCUGGUGAAGGAGGCUGUGGUUCAUCCUCUGGACGUGGAGCCCGUGUGUUUUCUGAGUCCAGACAGAGAUCAGCCUCCUCCUCCUCCUCCUCCUCCUCCUCCGCUGCAGCAGUCGUCUGCACGAGCUAAAGUCUCUCUGUCGGUGUCGGUGGCUCCCUGUCCCACACCGCAGGAGAACACACACGGACGUCACGGAUGGAGAGACAGAAACACAGACAGAGAGAAAGGAGCGGCGGCGAAGGAGAGAGCGAGAGGAAGACUGUCGCAGCAGAAGGAGAGGAAGGCCACGCAGAUGCUGGCCAUCGUUUUAGGUGUCUUCAUCAUCUGCUGGCUUCCUUUCUUCCUGACACACGUUCUGAAGGCUCACUGCGGGAGCUGCUGCAUCUCUCCGUCUCUCUACAGCGCCGUCACGUGGCUGGGUUACCUCAACAGCGCCGUCAACCCCGUCAUCUACACCACCUUCAACAUUGAGUUCCGCAAGGCCUUCAUUAAAAUCCUGCACUGCUGACAGACAGCAGAGGACUCACUGAACAAAAGAAACUUGUGACAUUUGUAAGAUAACAUUGAUCGAGAGACACAGUGAAAAGGCUUUGUUUGUGGAACUGAUUGUUUGAAACAAGCGACAGAUGUUUAGUCACUCUUUUUACAGAACUGACAUAAAAGAAAUACACGUCUAGAAAUGUAUGUGUCAUCAUUUGCUCCCCUCAUAUCCAAACCCAUUUUAAUUUAGUUCUUCUGUGAUUCACAGUUGAGGACACGCUGACAUUGUGAUGUUUUUAAUCCAACGCGAUCAUAAAUGUACGGACAUUCUGACUUUCUCAAAAAUCUCAAAAGAGUUUACAAAUUGGAAUUCUGUUUAUU